AUGAUGAAAAAGGAGAAGCCGAUGAUGUCGGUGACGGCUAUCAUCCAGGGGGCACAAGCCCAGCAUUGGGGUAGAACUCUGGCGGGGUUCGGGCCACCCCACAUGUCACUUGGCCUCACCCUGGACCACACCCUGUCGAUGUCGGGCCCCGUCGCCCCGCAGUCCCCGCUCGACCUCAAGCCCGACGCGCACGCGCUGCAGUUCAGCCCGCAGGGAGGGCCGUGCAGCCCGGGCGCCUUCUCGCUGGGCGGGGCCCCUGGCAUGCUCAGCCCGUCCGGAGGGGGCGGGGCCAAGGCGGCCGGCCCCGCCUCCCCUUAUCCGCCCAACCACCCGCUCAGCGGCUCCAAGCACCUGUGCUCGAUUUGCGGCGACCGCGCCAGCGGCAAGCACUACGGGGUGUACAGCUGUGAAGGAUGCAAAGGGUUCUUCAAAAGAACAGUCCGGAAAGAUCUGUCCUAUGCUUGCAGAGAAGAAAAAAAUUGCAUCAUCGACAAAAGACAAAGAAAUAGGUGUCAGUACUGCCGCUACCAAAAAUGCUUGGUGAUGGGCAUGAAGCGAGAGGCAGUGCAGGAAGAAAGACAGAGAACCAAGGAGAGAGACAACUCCGAAGUUGAAUCGACUUCCAACAUACAAACCGAGAUGCCGAUAGAGAGGCUCCUGGAUGCGGAAAAAAGAGUGGAGUGCAACGAUCCACCAAUACCACUAGAGAGCGCUGUGACGAAUAUCCGGCAGGCCACCAACAAACACCUCGUUCUCAUGGUGGACUGGGCACGUAUGAUCCCGCACUUCACGUCUCUGCCGCUGUCAGAUCAGGUGCUGCUGCUCAGAGCCGGGUGGAACGAGCUGCUGAUCGCGGCCUUCUCGCACCGAUCGGUGCAUGCGCAGGAGGGGAUCGUCUUGGCCACCGGAUUGACAGUCAACAAGUCAACUGCACAUGCUGUUGGAGUGGGUAACAUUUAUGACAGGGUGUUGUCUGAGCUGGUGAAUAAGAUGAAAGAGAUGAAAAUGGACAAAACUGAGCUGGGCUGCUUGAGAGCUAUCAUCCUCUACAAUCCAGACGUCAGAGGCCUCAAGUCCAUCCAGGAAGUGGAAAUCCUUCGCGAGAAAAUCUACGGCGUCCUCGAAGAGUACACCCGCUCCACGCAUCCCAGCGAGCCUGGCCGAUUCGCCAAACUCCUUCUGCGGCUGCCCGCGCUGCGCUCCAUAGCGCUCAAGUGCUCCGAGCACCUGUUCUUCUUCCGACUGCUCGGUGACGUCACCAUCGACAGCUUUCUCACCGACAUGCUGGAGAACCCGUCGGACGCCUAG